CUCAAGGCUGCAAGGAAAGACUCUCUCUGCCCUUUGGACCUGCGGCUGAUAAAAGGGUAAUCCGUCUUUUACAUGGGGAAUGAUGGGAUGGUGGGAUUUGAAUCAAGAUUCAUGGAGACAAACACAGGCUAUUACACGUUUUUAACUGGAGGCUACAAACAUGGGAGCAAAGGGAGCAGACCAGACCUUGGAGACCAGGGGAAGAGAGAGACUGUGAGGCUAAAAGACUGACUGUUGGACAUCUCAUCCUGUCAGCGGUUUUAAGAGUACCGUUCAACUUCUGUAACAGGAUAUAACCAGCCUACCAGCAUUGCAAUGAACUUCACUGAGAAGCCACGGAGGUCUUGGAUUGAGGAAACCUUCUUCAAGAGAGAGUGUUUGAAGUUUAUCCCUUUCUCUCGGGACGUUCACAGAUGUAUCCCAGUAUGUCAAGUAUGCCAAAGCUUGAUCAGAUGCUGUUGUGGCCGCCUGAUAGGGGAGCACUCACGGGAAGAGUCCUCUCGCCCCAUAUCCCUCCACCCUGAUCCUGGACAGGACUUUGAAGAGGACUGGUCCAUAGAGCUCCACACCAAAGCCAGUCCCACAAAUGCCUAUGGGACUGUAGACUUUCAGGACACUGCCACACGUGUCUGCCGGGCCAAGUAUGUUCGUCUGGCUGUGGACUCAAAGCCAGAGCUGUUGCUCCAGCUGAUGCUGAAGGAAUGGCAGAUGGAGAGACCCAAACUACUACUGACUGUCCAGGGAGGAACAGAAAACUUUACCCUGCCUCCUAAAGUGAAGCAAGCCUUCAGCAAAGGUCUGAUCACUGCUGCUCUGAGCACAGGGGCGUGGAUAUUCACCGAUGGCUUUAAUACAGGUGUGUCAAAAUAUGUUGGUGAGGCAGUGCAAACAUUUGGGGGUCCCGACUUGAGGAAGAGAAACACAAUCGGAAUCACACCAUGGGGAGUCAUUGAAAACAACACAGACCUCAUAGGCAGAGAUGUUUUCAGGCCCUACCAGCCAGUGGGGAAUCCUUUAAGUAAGAGGGUCUGUCUCAACCGUUUCCACUCCCACUUUCUGUUUGUGGAUGAUGGAACGCUGGGAAAACAUGGCUGCCAGCAAGGCCUGAGGAAGAAGCUGGAGAAACACAUCCAACAACAGAAGAUACACCCUCGACUGAACCAAGGAGUGCCUGUGGUUUGUGUGGUGGUGGAGGGAGGUCCUGCCAUUGUGUCCACAGUGUUGGACUAUGUUAGCAAUGCACCGCCAGUACCGGUGUUUGUGUUUGAGGGAUCGGGCGGGGCUGCUGACCUGCUUGCCUUUUUACACAAACAAACGUCUGUUGACAGACAAUUGGAUGCUGACAUUAGAGAGGACUUCCUAGUCAGGAUUGGAGAUGUGUUUGGGGUGGAAGAACCAGAAGCCUCACAGCUCUUUAGUCUUCUCCUGCAGUGUAUGGAUCACAGACAGUCUAUUACUAUCUUUGACUCAGAGUCAGAAGACCAGAUGGUUCCUGAUGCAGCCAUUUUGACAGCUACUCUCAAAGGGGCAAAGGUCAGUCCUGCAGAGCAGCUGAGUAUGGCCCUGGCGUGGAACCGGGCUGACAUUGCCCAGAAAGAUGUCCUGGUGUUCAGACAGCAUUGGCAGGUGGGUUCUUUGGAGCAGGCUAUGCUGGACGCUCUGGUGAUGGACCGAGUCAGUUUUGUCAAACUGCUGAUUGACAAUGGCAUGACCAUGAAACGCUUCUUGACUGUCGAUCGCCUUGAGGAUCUCUACAACACGCCUCAGGGACAGACAGACCGUUUCCUCCAUCACCUUGUUGAGGACGCAAAACAGACCUCCCUCCCCAUAGGUUACCGUCUUUCUAUCAUUGAUAUGGGCCUUGUGAUCGAGUACCUGAUAGGAGGAGCGUACCGUAGCACGUACACAAGAAAGCACUUCAGAGCCGCCUACAACCGCCUGCAGGACAAAGAGGGUAGACGGGACAGCUCCAGCUCCCUGUCCAGACAGAGAAGAGGAUUAAUAACAAACUCUAAACUGAGCAGGAGUGUCCAGGAUCUGCAUUUCUUCAGAACUGCCCAGCCCUACAAACCAAAGGAGAAAGACACAUCACCUGGGAGCAGUUCAGAUAGCACGUCAAGCCCCAGCCACAGUGACCCUCCACUUCUGGUUCCCUUCAACUUCAAUGACCUCUUUGUGUGGGCUGUGCUUCAGCAGCGCCAGCAGAUGGCGCUGUUCCUGUGGCAGCAUGGUGAGGAGGCACUCGCACGUGCCACAGUGGCCUGCAAGCUGUAUCGCUCCAUGGCGUUUGAGGCUCGGCAGAGCAGCAUGGACGACAACAUUGCAGACAGACUGAAGACAUACUCCCUUGAGUUUGGUCAGCUGGCGGUUGAUGUGUUGGACUGUGCGUUUCGUCAGAACGAGCAGAUGGCCAUGAAGCUGCUGACUUCAGAGAUGGAGGCAUGGAGCCACUUCACCUGUCUGCAGAUGGCUGUCUCCUCGUGUCACAGACCAUUCGUCUCACACUCGUGCACUCAGACCCUCCUCACAGAUCUCUGGACAGGCCCGCUUAACAUGAGGAAGAACUCCUGUUUAAAGAUCAUUUUGAGUCUUCUCCUGCCCCCCACAAUCUUGUUACUGGAGUUUAAAAGCAAAGCUGAAAUGUGCCAUGUACCACAAUCCCAGGAGGCAAUGCUGUUUGGACUUGACUCUAUGAAAUCAGAACCAGCUGAUGAAGGAAAUGAUCAUACGGAUGCAGAGCAAGGUCUGUCUCUUCAUGACAGGUGUCUUGGUCCUGUGUCAGAAACAGUUUCCUCUGUGACCAUGCAGUGCCUAUCCUGGAUUAAGACAGUCUGUGAGUUCUACACAGCACCAGUUGUCAAGUUCUGGUUUCACACGAUUUCCUACUUGGCCUUUCUGAUGUUGUUCUCCUAUGUCAUCCUGGUGAAGAUGGAGGAUCAACCCAGUGCUCAGGAGUGGAUAGUAAUAUCAUACAUUUUGUCAACUGCUGUGGAGAAAACCAGAGAGGUGCUGAUGUCUGAGCCGAGGAAGCUGAGCCAGAAGCUGAAGAUCUGGUUCUCAGAGUACUGGAACAUAUCAGAUUUCAUUGCCAUCCUCCUCUUCCUCAUCGGACUAGUGAUGCGUUUGCUUCCUGAUCCUUAUCACACAGCAGGCCGCAUCAGUUACUGUCUGGACAUCAUCUUCUGGUUUGUCAGGGUGAUGGAUCUGCUUGCAGUCAAUCAGCAUGCUGGCCCAUACCUCACCAUGAUCACUAAGAUGACCAGUAACAUGUUCUUCAUUGUGGUGAUGAUGGCGAUAGUGCUGCUGAGCUUCGGAGUGUCCAGGAAGGCCAUUCUAUCUCCUGAUGAGGAGCCAUCCUGGAGCUUAGCCCGAGAUGUUGUCUUUCAGCCCUAUUGGAUGAUCUAUGGAGAGGUCUACGCAGACAAGAUAGAGGCAUGUCCUGCUGGCCAGCCCUGUCCCCCUGCCUUCUUUCUCACUCCAUUCCUCCAGGCUGUUUACAUGUUCUUUCAGUACAUCAUCAUGGUCAAUAUUCUCAUUGCAUUUUUUAACAACAUCUACUUUGACAUGGAGUCAAUAUCCAGUAAGCUGUGGAAGUACAACCGUUAUCGCUACAUCAUGACCUAUCAGGAGAGGCCGUGGCUGCCUCCGCCGCUCAUCCUCCUCAGUCAUAUGACCCUUGGAUUAAGAGCCAUCUUCGGGAGAUGCUGUAGAGGAAAUGCUGAGCAGGAAGAGAGAGGUUCAGGACUUAAGCUUCUCCUGAGCCAUGAAGGUCGUAAGAAGCUUCAUGAGUUUGAAGAGAAAUGUGUUCAAGCUUACUUCCAUGAAAAAAGUGAAGAUCUCAAUGGAAGCCAGGUUAACAGGAUCAGAGCCACAGCAGAGAGAGCUGAGGAGAUGUGCAUGAUGGUGGGGGAGGUCACAGAGAAAGUUAGCUUUGUUCAAAACAGCCUGUCUGAGUUGGACUCUCAGCUGGGUCACCUCCAGGACCUGUCUGCGCUGGCUGUGGACACCCUCACCCUGCUCUCUGCCUCUGAUAGCCUGCAUCAGGAGGAGGCACGCCUUGCUCAGUGUGGACCAGUCAUAGCAUCCCAGCAUAUUCUUCCUCAAAGCUUGACCCUCCAGCAAAAGAAUGGAGCAGAAUGUGGUGUCCUUAGCAUGCGGCGAGCAAUAGCCAAGUCUUGUAAAAGUACCCCGCCUUCUUUACUGAAGGGUUUCACUCUACCAGUGAGCAAACUGGCAUCACAGGAGCGUCAUGUAGGAGUCCGAGGGAGCAGAGGACAACAGGGACACACUGAGGAGGGAGAACAAGUGGCAAAGGAGGACUCACAUCGUGCUGCUGUUGAACAUUACACUGACAACUGGCAGGGCAGCUCUAGACCUGCAUCUCAUACCUCCCUUUUUCUUCAUGGAGGUAGAGUUCAUCCUAUUGUUGUCAGGGGUCAGACUCCCUGUGAGUCUUGUGGACCGUCCCUCUGUGGGCCUCCUUUUCCUUCCAGAAGCUUGGAGUCACCACAUCACAAACCCUGGACGUGUGACACCCACCUGCAUCCCAGUCAGGAGGAAACUUCUGUGGAGGAGGAGAAAGAACAAAAUGAAGAAGAGGAAACGCAAGAGGAAGAGAGGGGACAGCUGUCCAGCAGAGAAGCAUCAGAGGCCUCUAGCAAUGCUCUCCCUUUGUCUGACCCUCAGAACAUGUCUGAGGGUUCGGUGAAACCCAGCUUUUCUCCAGAGGAUGUCAGACCAAGUUCCCGGUCUAAACUUAUGAAGUUGCCCAGGCGGGCGUGUCUGUCCAGAGAACGUCCCUAUGGCUACUGCAGGUCCCUGUCCUCCAGUGUGGAGAACAUGACUUUCUCAGGGGCUCCACUAAGGGGAUCGUUUUCCUCUCUGAAUGAACCAGUGAACAAAGAGGACAUAUCUGGUGGGACGAUUUUUAGAGAUGACACAUCGCUACGAUGCAGCAGGGGCAAAGAGUGGUCCAGGUCUUCAGACUUCACACAAAUUGAUGGCAGAGAAAAAACUCAAAGCAGGAAGACAGUGAAGAUACAAGGGAGCUGUCCAGAUCCUGCAACUAUGCAGUCCCACCUGUCUGAUGCCUGCUGGAGAAGGCUCAAGAGACUGAGAGGAGAACCUACAUGUUGGUCGGCUUCAACCAGCCUCAGCCAGCUGAAUUUUGAACCAAUGGAUCUGUUGCAGAAACAAGUGUUUUCCUAUCAGGAUAUGUGGAGCCCCACUCAUUCAGCAUGGAACAGCGUGGCCAGAUCAAUGAGCCGUAGGUCUUCUUUACAGAGUGGGAUUGCUCCUGAAGUGAAAAGCUCUUCGUUCCAGUCCACAAACAGUCUAUAUCCACAUUAUUCAGCUAUGGAAAAAAACAACCUGAUGAGACUGGCUCACACCAUUCCCUUUACUCCUGUUUCCAUGCUGGGAGGAGAAGAGGUGAGCAUCUACUCUCUGGAAGAAAUGGCCUCUGAUUCAAACCCUGAAUCCAGUACGAUCUCGUCCUGGUCAUCAAAGGGUCUGUCUGCUUUACUGCAGCCCCUUUCCAGUGAGGAGGGCUCUUUGGAUGGAGGUCUGAGGAAGGGCUGUAGGGUGUUGUGUACCUGGGCGGAACAGGAAGUGAUUAGACCUGGGCUGGUGUACGUGGUAAAAGCCUUUAAGCCAGAGGUGGUUUGUGCCUGGCAGAGGUACUUCCAUGGUAGCACGGCACUGCAGCUUUGUUUGAGGGAGAUCCAACAGCAGAGAGCAGCCCAGAAGAUGAUGCAAAUAUUCAACCAGGUCAAACCUGAUGAUAUUCACCACUCUCCAAGGUUUCUAGAUGUUUCUCUGGUCCUCUGGCAUUCAAAUGGCCAGUGGUUGACCAUUGAGAGGAACAUGUCCGGUGACUUUAGGAAGUACAACAACAACACAGGAGAGGAGAUCGCCCCCUGCUGUUCACUGGAAGAAAUUCUGCUCGCAUUCUCCCACUGGACAUAUGAGUACUCCUGCAGAGAGCUUCUGGUGCUGGACAUGCAAGGUGUUGGAGAGGUGCUGACUGAUCCAACAGUCAUCAUGGCAGACAAUCAAAGUGGUACCAGGGGUGAGAUGCUUUUUGGGCCAGAUAACCUCGGAGCUGCUGCCAUCAGUGGUUUCCUGCAGAAACACUCUUGUAGUGCAUGCUGCCGCAGACUGGGCCUAUCAGAUUUAAGGAAGCAUCCGGACAACUGCGGGGCAGAGCCGGUGUCGGAGAAAGAGGCACAAGAAGACGAUGAAACUGGGGUGUAACUUUUCACCCAGGAAGUAGGAAAAACUGGCCCAUGCACUUUGACCUG